CGCGACGACGUCAGAAUUCCAAUAUUCACGGGGCAACUGCGAUGAGAGAAGGUGGGGUGGCGCUUCACUGGUUCCGGAAAGGACUUCGCCUCCACGACAACCCGGCAUUGCACGCAGCUGUCAGUGCCGGGGCCAAACAGUUGUUCCCAGUGUAUGCCCUAGAACCAGCGAUUGACAGGCGAGAUAUCGGGAUCAAUCGAUACACGCAUCUCCUCGAAACCCUCGUUGACCUUGAUGCAAACCUCCGUCACCACAAGUCGCGGCUUUAUGUCUUGAAAGGUGACGAUACCGUUGACCAGCUUGAACAAGCGUGUAAGCGAUGGAACGUCAGCCUGAUUACGUUUGAAUUCGAUUCCGAGCCUGCGUCAAUGACACUCGCGGCGCGAGUGACCGAGAUGGCGCGCGUAGGGCUGUUUUAUAUUUUUCUAUGCACCUGAAAAGGAUGAACAGACGAUGGACAUCCAAGUCGUGACAACGUGCGGGCACACUCUCCAUCAUCCGGACGAGUAUAUUGCAGCAAGUGCCAAGCUUCGUCUUCCAUUCCACACGUACAGCGCCUUUUGCACUCUCUUUCGAGCGAUGGGACCGGUACGAUCGCCUCUGCCGGUGCCAGAACUGCCUGCCACAGAUUCCAAACUGGACUACGAUGAAUUUGGCGUACCAACUCUGCAGGAGUUGACCUAUCCACCAAGAAAAGCGCCGCUGGUCUAUCCGGGUGGAGAGACCCACGCAUUAAAGCGAUUGGACGAGCAAGUCACGCAGCGAGCUAAGUGGGUGGAGCAGUUUGAAAAGCCCAAGACAAGUCCAAAUGCACUCUCUCCAGCAACUACAGUGCUCUCACCGUACUUGAGCCACGGAUCCCUCUCGUGUACCCUGCUCUUCCAUCGCCUCGAAGCUAUCACAGCGGCAGCAACAACACCAACGUUGCCGCCGGUGUCCCUUACAGGGCAAAUCUUGUGGCGCGAGUUCUUUUACCUCCAAGGAGCCACGAUUCCGCACUUCGACACGAUGGAACACAACCCAGUGAUCCGCCAAAUUCCGUGGGAUCGAAAUGCGUCCAUCAUAUCCAAGUGGCAGCACGGUCAGACCGGAUUCCCCUUCAUCGAUGCCGUCAUGCGCCAACUCAAGGCGGAAGGAUGGAUCCAUCACUUGGCUCGGCACGCCGUCGCAUGCUUUUUAACCAGGGGCGACCUCUGGCAGCACUGGGAAGAAGGCGCCAAAGUCUUUGAGCUGUACUUACUCGACUUUGACUGGGCUUUGAACAACGGCAACUGGCAGUGGCUGUCGUGCUCACAUUUCUUUUUCCAAUACUUCAAGUGCUACUCCCCAGUGGCGUUUGGCAAGAAGACCGACCCGAAAGGCCUGUACAUCAAGCGAUGGGUGCCCGAAUUGCGUCAUUUCCCUGACAAGUUCAUUUACGAGCCGUGGAAAGCGCCCAAAGAGGUCCAGCUGAUGUGCCAGUGCAGGAUAGGCACGGAUUACCCAGCCCCGAUCGUAGACCAUGCACUUGUUUCCAAACAAAACAUGGACAAAAUCAAGGCUGCGUACGCCAAACAAGCAGCCCAAACAUCUCUCGUGUCCCCGAGGUUGAAAAAACGAAAACCCGACAUGUUGUGAGGGGCGCAGCUGACGCUCCUUUACGAUGAACUCAACUAGAGCUUUAUUGUGAUUCUUGCCCUCCAUCACGAGUGCUCACG